AUGGCGGCCAGCGAAGUGGACGUUUUCGCCAAUGAAGACAAACGAACCUUGGAGCUAGGGGGCCAUGUGGGCUUUGACAGUCUUCCAGAUCAGUUGGUCAGCAAAUCAGUCACACAGGGCUUCAGCUUCAACAUCCUCUGCAUAGGGGAGACAGGGAUAGGCAAAUCCACCUUAAUGAACACACUUUUCAAUACAAGGUUUGAAAAUGAAGAGGCCAGCCACUAUGAGAAAGACGUGCUUCUGCGACCACACACGUACGACCUGCAAGAGAGCAACGUCAACCUCAAGCUGACCAUCGUACACACUGUUGGCUUUGGGGACCAGAUCAACAAAGAAGAAAGCUAUAAACCCAUUGUAGAGUAUAUUGACACUCAGUUUGAAACGUACCUCGAAGAGGAGCUAAAAAUAAAACGGUCCCUGUACAAUUUCCGUGACACGAGAAUCCACAUCUGCCUAUAUUUCAUCGCUCCCAACGGCCACUCCCUCAAGUCUCUGGAUCUCGUCACCAUGAAGAAGCUCGACAGCAAGGUGAACGUCAUCCCUGUCAUUGCAAAGGCGGACACGGUGUCCAGGAGUGAACUGGACAAAUUAAAGAUCAAGAUCAUGAGCGAGCUGGUCAGCAAUGGAGUGCAGAUAUACCAGUUUCCAACUGAGGAUGAGGCUGUGGCUGAAAUCAACUCUUCCAUGAAUACUCACCUGCCAUUUGCUGUCGUUGGCAGCGUAGAAGACGUCAAAGUAGGCAAUAAAAUAGUCAAAGCAAGACUGUACCCUUGGGGAUCUGUACAAGUGGAGAAUGAGAAUCAUUGUGAUUUUGUGAAACUGAGGGAGAUGCUGCUGCGUGUCAACAUGGAGGAUCUUCGUGAGCAAACGCAUACUCGCCACUACGAGCUCUACCGCCGUUGUAAGCUGGAGGAGAUGGGCUUCAAGGACGCAGACCCCAACAGCCAGUCGUUCAGCCUGCAGGAGACAUAUGAAGCCAAGAGGAAGGAGUUUCUGAGAGAACUGCAACACCAGGAGGAAGGAAUGAGGCAGAUGUUUGUCAACAAAGUAAAAGAGACCGAAGCGGAGCUGAAAGAAAAGGAAAAAGAGCUCCACGAGAGGUUUGAGCAGCUCAAACGGCUGCACCAGGAAGAAAAGAAGAACCUGGAGGAGAAACGGCGGGAGCUGGAGGAAGAGAUGAAUGCUUUCAACAGGAGGAGGGUUGCUGCAGAGACACUGAUGGGCCAGGCUCUCCAGGGUGCCGCUCAGCCUCUCAAGAAGGACAAGGACAAGAAAAAUUGAUUUACAGAACAAUCAUCCAGGAAAACCAUGAAUGUGUCCGCCAUCAGCGUCGGUCAAAGAGACCGUUGUGGUGUGUGAGCCUGAAUAUGAAUGCGCCUGCUGUAAUCCACUGUGUACUUAGCAAUAAUAACGCUAGCUUUGCUCGCUGCGUUGAUGCUGACUCUGCGAGACACAUUAAAACAAAUCAAUGGACUGUUUUCAAUCAUUGUAGCUGCUGUUAUUUUAGUGCUCUCGCUAUGGAUGUGUGUUCACUAUCUUUCACGUAUUCAUUUUAUUAGUCUCAUAAUUGAGUCGGACAAUACAGAAUAGUGUUGUGAAUCUAAUUAGGAAGAUUUUAUUACGUGAAGAAAGAUAUACACUUCCUGGUCAAUCAUUAACUACAACUCAGUGAGAUUCAUUACGGUGUAUAUUGUUCCAUUGCUAGGUUUUAGUGAUGAACUCCAUUUUCAUGUCACGAAAACGCGGCAUUUGAACAUGGGUGUGUAGACUUUUAUAUCCAAUACAGGUGGAAAUGUACUGUAAAUAUAUUUGAUUGCAUACAACUAUAAUGUAUGUAUUGGAUCUCAUUAGGAUUUGUAAGAGUCCCUAAUGUAAUCUCUCAUAACAAAGCCUGCAGACCUUUUUAUUACAGAAUGUGUCUAGCAUUUUAGUGUAUUAACAGGUGUGAUGCUAAAAACAAUUUGCUAAAUUGCAUUUUUGGCUUCACUAACAACUAACAAAUAACAUGAAGUGGGUAGAAUAUAUUGCUCAUGUUUUGUCUUUUCUUCCCAUAGCUUCUUUAGUCUUCCCUCUGCGUGCUCCUUAACCUCAUCCAGGAAUUUGAAUUAGAAGAUUUUCUAACUACGCUGACGUGAUGUGACAGAGGGACAAGCAAGUGUAUUAUUUUUGACAGUUGAAUGAGCACUUUGAAGAGAAAUGCACUUCAAUCGCUGGAUGUGCGGUCUCUCCUCUGCUAUGUGGCAUGGAAUUUGCAUGACUAUAACCAUCUUCCUUUAAGUUUUAAAUGUGCCCUUCCUUCAUUUUUCAUGUACUUUUCAGUCUUGACUGAUUACACUGUGAAAUAAUUCACAAUACUGUAUAUCCCAUAAAGUGACAUGAAAUUGUUGGCGACAGUUACUAACUUAUUUUUUUAAUAAUUUAAAUUCUAUAUCAUGCAGAGACUAUAAUGUGCUUUCAUUAGCAUAAUCAGCACCUUGUCAUACUAAAAGUUUACUGGAAAUGUGUAUGCUUAUGUGAAUUAAUAAAACAACCCUGCUAUCAGUUCUGCAUAGAAAUAUCACUAUAUUGAACUAUUGCUUAACAUUACAAGUAUUUUUCAACCAUGACUUGACACAAAGCAAGAACGCCAUUAUCAGUAAGUAUAAAUAGAAAUAAAUCCAAGCAAAAAUGUGGAUUUUAUAACAGGCCACCAUAUAUUGAGCUGUUUUAUAAAAUUACGUCUUAUGAUGUGGCCAGUGAAUGUACAUUUUACAGCGCUUGUGAAGUGUCAAGAUUGAACAUGAACGCACACACACAAACACAAUGAAAGACACACAAAUGACUGAUCUGUGUUGGCCAUCUUAUGUAAUAAAGACUAACUUCAUU